CCUCACCCUCUAUCAUCUGUCCCUGUCGCCUUCCUCAACUUGUUGAGCCCUGCCACUCCAGUUUUCCUCUCAUUCACCGAGACAAGCAAGAGGGGGGCUUGAUUCUGAACUGUGGCCUGUGCUUGGCUUACUGAGGGGUGCCGGCAUUCCAAGCAAAACCCUGUUGAGCAGUUUGCACCCGGUGCCGUAACUCUGGGACGCGGAGGUUGACGUGUUGCGACCGAUGCGGCUAUCUCUUCCACCACCCCAGUAUCAUUUGUACAACGUGCUAUCUGUUUGAUAUCCGGACGCCGGGCAUCGCCUCAAGAGCCUGCAACAGCCAGAACAAGCUCGGUGCAUCUAACAAUUAAUCGUGACUUAGCGCCAUUCUCAACCGCACCACCAACGUGUUCUUUGCAAAGCAUUACCUUGGGCAAACUGAUUUGACCACGACGGGAGCUCUGGGCCACCAACCACAGCUUCGGGAAUUGGGAACACGCCACCCUCAACAUGGCGGACGGUGUUGAAUUUGAUCUGGGCCAGCUCUCCUCCCAGCAGCAGGAGGCUCUUCAGCAAUACACCGAUGUCACAGGCCAAGAAAUCAAGGAUGCGGUGCCCUUGUUGGAGAGGUCGCAGUGGAAUGUCCAAAUAGCUAUCGCCAAAUUCUUUGACGGUGACGGGCCCGACCUGGUUGCUGAGGCCCAGGCUGCACAGGAUAAUCCUCCGCCAGCCGCGGCAAGAUAUGAGAACUUACACGAGAGCUUCCUGGAUGCCGACGAUGAUAGGCCGAGACGAACGAGGUCCCCAAGAACAGAAGCUGCCCCACGAGUGGUGCCGCAGCAGCCGGUUAGCAUCCGGCCCCGAGGACUACUGUCGAUUCUUUUGACGCCAUUUUCAACCACAUGGAGCUUGACGAGAGGUGUAUUGGUUGUUUUUGGCCGGAUCAUCUCGUUCUUCUUCGCAUUCCUACCUGCCUCGUUCCGGCCACGAUACCUGGGUACGACCAUCAGGGGUCUGGGCCAGGCUCAUGGACGGACUGCGACACUGCCACAGGAGGCAGCCAGGAGGUUUCGGCGCGAGUUUGAGGAGGCAUACGGCACUCACGGCCUCAUGUUCUUCGAGGGAGGCCAUGCCCAAGCUCUGGACACGGCAAAGAGGGACCUCAAGUUUUUCCUGAUGGUGUUGAUAUCGCCCGAGCAUGACGACACCGACUCCUUUAUUCGAAACACACUCCUCAGCCCCGAUGUUGUCAGCUACAUCUCGGAUCCCUCCAACAACAUCAUCCUUUGGGGAGGAAACGUGGCCGACCCCGAAGCCCAUCAGGUGGCCAACGAGUAUUCCUGUCUCAAGUACCCCUUUUCGUGCUUGGUAUGCCUCACCCCCAAGGAGGGCAGCACAAAGAUGGGGAUUGUCAAGCGUCUGGUCGGACCCAUGACGCCAGCCGCUUACCUUUCUGGGCUCCAGGAUGCGAUUACGAAGUACUCCCCCGAUCUUAACGGCGUGCGGGCUGAGAGGGCGGCCCAGGAACAUGCCCGGAAUCUGAGGAAUGAGCAGGACUCUGCAUACGAGAGGUCGCUGGCCCGUGACCGCGAGCGAGCCCGACAAAAGCGCGAGGCUGAGGCGGCAGCGGCAGCGGCUGAGAAGCGUGCUCUGGAAGAAGCCGAAAGGGCAGCCCGACAGGAGGAGCUACGGAGGCAGUGGAGAAUUUGGCGGGCCACGACCGUUGCGCCGGAGCCGGACACGAAGGAUGCUGUCAGGUUGGCUCUCAACAUGCCGGCUUCCGCUGGUGGCGGGCGGGUCAUCCGCAGAUUUGCCAGCGACACCACAUUGGAGGAACUUUAUGCGUUUGUGGAGUGUUAUGGCCUUCUACAAGAAGGACCUCUGAAUGAGAAGGCGGCUGAGCCAGAGGGGUACGAGCACAAGUAUGGCUUCCAAGUCGCAUCGGUGCUACCACGGGAGACCUUCCACCCCAGUAAGACAAUCACGAUUGGGCAAAAGAUGGGCCGGGGCGGAAGUCUUGUGGUUGAAGAUUUAAUAGACGAGGAUGAAGAAGAGUAG